AUGGUCUCGACGCGGUCCUCCUCCCGCGCCCUCCCCAACGGCGUGGACGCCUCCUCCCCCUCGCCCUCCGCGUCCCCUUCUCCUUCCCCUCCGCGCGCCCGCACCCGCGCCGCCGCCGCCGCCGCCGCCUCCUCAUCCGUCGUCGUCCCGCCCGCCGUCCGCGACAACGAAUCCACCCCGCCCCGAGGCUGGUCCCACGCGCCGACCCGCCUCACCCUCCUCUGGCUCGCCAUCUCGGUGCCGCUCGUCGCCUGGGACACGGGCUACGUCCUCCUGCGGCCUUGGUCCAUGCCGGGCGGCCACCUCCACUGGCCGCUGUGGGCCCCCUACGCGCUCUACGGCGAGGUCGACCACGUCUACGGCUGGAAGGCCUUCAACGCCCGCAACGGCUUCACCUCGGCCCAGGGCGCCCUCAACGCCGUCGAGAGCGUCAUGUACCUCGCCUACGUAUGGCUGUACUUCUCGCGCGGCAAAGCCGUCGAGGACGGCCCCGCGGGCGGCGUGAAAAAGACCGUCGGCGGGAGGGCGGGCGCCUUGGCCAUUGUCAUCGGCUUCAGCGCCGCCGUCAUGACGUUGAGCAAGACGGUCCUGUACUGGGCGAACGAGUACUUCUCCGGCUUCGACAACAUCGGCCACAACCCGUUCAUGGAUCUUUUGUUUCUCUGGAUCAUCCCCAACGGCGCUUGGCUCCUCGGCUCGGGCUACAUGAUGUUUUCCCUGGGCGGCGAAAUCGUCGACGGCCUGGCCCUGGCUUCCAAGACGACCAAGACCGAGUAG